ACAUUCUCUCACUGCUCUCCUUUUCACUCCUCUGUUUCUCUCCAACAUUCUCUCUCAGUAUUCAAAAAUUAAACAAAAAAAAAAAAAAAACAUCCUGAAAAUUUGUAUGAACACAAAGCCAUCGGAAUAUGACGAUUGACGAAUGGGAUUUAUGGUACCUUGUUUGAUCGCAGCGUCGUCUGAAUUUCUCUGCUCACAUUUUCGGAUUCUUGAGGGUCGAGGUAGCUGGGGAGGUUAUUUCGUUUAAUGCUGACAGGAACAUAUAGUUUGAAGAAGAAGAAGAGAAAGAAGAUUGUUAUAUAGCAUCGGCUUUUAUUGGUGUGGGGGCUUGGCGCUUUUUUUGGUUUAGCCCCAUUGAUUAGUUGGAGGGAAUAUGAGUUUAAAUGUGUGAGUAGGUUUGGGAUUGAGAGUUCACAGUUGUGACAGGAUUUGAGUUACAAGUGUGUUAAAUUUAGAGGACCAAUACAAUGUCUAUUGCCAGUGUAGCUCUUAGUCCCGUAUAUGAAGAAUCUUUGAACUUCCCUUGCAAUUUCGCCGGUGGAUAUGGGCUGUCAUCGGGUAACUCCAUUAUGAUAUACCUCAGUGUUGGUGGGUCUGUGAUUCCGAUGUGUGUGACUGAGUCAGAUUCCAUUGCCUCGGUAAAACUGAGAAUCCAGGCCUCGAAAGGGUUUUUUGUGAAGAAACAGAAGCUGGUUUUUGAAGGUAGGGAAUUGGCUAGGAACAAUUCUCGGGUAAGGGACUAUGGGGUAACUGAUGGGAACCUAUUGCACUUGGUACUUAGGCUUUCGGAUCUCCAGGCUAUUACUGUUAGGACUGUGUGUGGCAAUGAGUUUGAGUUGCAUGUUGAGAGGAGUAGAAAUGUUGGUUAUGUGAAGCAGCAGAUUGCUAAGAAAGGGAAAGGGUCUGUUGAUCUCAAAGAUGAGGAACUCGUAUGUGAUGGUCAAGAGCUUGAAGAUCAGAGACUCAUUAAUGAAAUAUGCAGAAGUAACGAUGCUGUUAUUCAUUUGCUGGUCCGGAAAUCUGCUAAGGUUAGAGCUAAACCUAUAGAAAAGGAUUUUGUAGUGUCAAUUGAGGCUUUAAAUUCGAAUGAGAAGAAGCCUGCUUUAGCCAGAGAAGUUGUGGGAUGUCAAGUUUUAGGGAGGAAAGCAAUUGGAAGAGAACUCGUUUUGGAACCUCUAAUUGUAAAUCCUAAGAUUGAAUUUUCAUUAGGGGUUAAAAAGCUGAUUUACUCUACUUUGGACGGGCUAGAGAGAGGCUGUGAGCCAGUUCGCUCUUCAGAGGGAUCUGGUGGAGCUUAUUUCAUGCAAGACUCUUCUGGUCUGAAGUAUGUUUCUGUUUUUAAGCCAAUAGAUGAGGAACCGAUGGCAAUGAAUAACCCUCGGGGAUUGCCCUUGUCAGCGGAUGGUGAAGGUUUGAAGAAGGGUACAAGGGUUGGAGAAGGGGCAUUGAGGGAAGUUGCAGCAUACAUUUUGGAUCAUCCAAGGACUGGGCCUCGUACAUUUUAUAGUGAGGAGAAGGGCUUUGCCGGGGUGCCACCCACAGUUAUGGUCAAGUGCUUGCACAAAGGAUUUAAUCAUCCAGAAGGUUAUGAUUCUGCUGCUAAGGACAUGAAGAUUGGAUCGCUUCAGAUGUACAUGAAAAACAAUGGAAGUUGUGAAGAUAUUGGUCCUCGCUCUUUUCCAGUGCAGGAGGUACAUAAAAUUUCUGUGCUGGACAUGAGGUUGGCAAAUGCAGACAGGCAUGCCGGAAACAUACUGAUUAGUAGAGAGAGUAAAGACAGUGAGAUUGUGCUUAUUCCCAUUGAUCAUGGGUAUUGUUUGCCUGAGAAUUUUGAAGAUUGCACAUUUGAUUGGCUUUAUUGGCCUCAAGCUCAGCAACCUUAUUCCUCUGCCAUUCUUAACUACAUCAAAUCAUUAGAUGCCGAACAAGAUAUUGAACUUUUGAAGUUUCAUGGAUGGAACCUACCACCUGAAUGUGCCCGCACUCUCCGCAUUGCCACCUUGCUUCUAAAGAAAGCUGCAAAGAGAGGACUCACUCCCUUUGCCAUCGGAAGCAUCAUGUGUAGGGAGACUUUGAAGAGAGAAUCUGUUAUUGAACAUAUCAUUCAAGAAGCAAAAGAAGCUCAACUCCCAGGAACAAGUGAAGCUUCAUUUCUCGAAUCUGUGUCAUCAAUCAUGGAUCAACACCUUGAUGAGCUUUACUAAAAAGACUACAUUCUGAAUACAAGGCAUAAUGCCUUUGUCCAUAUGCUCUUUAUCCAUCUCUAAUGGCUUGCAGGUUUCUUAUUUCUGUUGUCUGAUGAUGAAUCUUGUAUCUACCACCUAAAUAAUUCCUCUUUUAAUUUUGUUUGCCCUUUUUUUAGCUUUCAUACAUCCCCGUUCAUUCUGUAGUAGUAGUACUUGGAAUCGAGGAAUAAUAAUCAGACAGUAAUACAUAAUACAUACUUUGAUUGUACA